AUUUUUUUUUUACUUUAACACGAGUUUGGCGGCGCUGCGUUUGGCGUUCGUUUCUCGAGGCACUGUGAAUUGUUUACUGUUGUUUUUGUGUGUUCACGUCAUUAAUUUACUUUAUGCCUGAUCCCUCCUUAAGUUAAACUUUUAAACCAACAUCCAUCUCCAGUAAGCAGGAGAAAUGGACGCUGACUUGUAUGAUGAAUUUGGCAACUACAUUGGCCCAGAACUAGAAUCAGAUGACGAAGAAGAGGAAACUUAUGGUGGGCGGGAUGGAGAUCAAGACCAGGACUAUGAUGAUGAUGCAAAUGAAGAUGCAGACGCAGAUAUGGAUGUUGCACCCAUGGCGGUUGUACUCCAUGAGGACAAACAGUAUUACCCAUCAGCGGCAGAAGUUUUUGGACCUGAAGUGGAGACCAUAGUACAGGAAGAAGAUACACAAGCACUCACAACUCCUCUAAUCGCACCAUUAAAAGAACAUAAAUUUCAAGUCAAAGAACAGCAACUGCCAGAAACUAUUUACAGUAUGGAAUUUCUUGCUGACCUCAUGGACACACCAACAUUGAUAAGAAAUGUUGCUCUUGUUGGCCACCUUCAUCAUGGAAAGACAACAUUUGUAGAUUGCUUGAUGCAACAGACUCAUCCUGCUCUUGUCACCAAUGAAGAGAGAAACCUUCGAUAUACUGAUACUCUUUUCACUGAACAAGAACGUGGUGUCAGCAUCAAGUCCAUGCCUGUUACUCUUGUCCUGCCUGACAUUAGGUCAAAAUCACACUUGUUCAACAUCUUAGACUCUCCAGGUCAUGUUAACUUUUCUGACGAAGUCUCUGCUGCCAUGAGGAUAGCUGAUGGUGUGGUUGUAUUUGUUGAUGCUGCUGAGGGUGUCAUGCUUAACACUGAGCGUCUGAUCAAACAUGCUGUUCAAGAAAAGUUAGCUAUAACUUUGUGCAUAAACAAAAUUGAUCGUUUGAUGUUAGAACUGAAGCUUCCUCCUCAAGAUGCAUACUUCAAGUUAAGGCAAAUUGUAGAAGAAGUUAAUGGCCUCUUAAGUCUUUACUCUGAGGAAGAAAAUUCUAUUGUUGUAUCCCCAGUUCUUGGCAAUGUCUGCUUUGCCAGUUCCCAAUAUGGAGUUUGCUUCACCCUCAAAUCAUUUGCUAACAUCUAUGCUCAGACUUACCCAGGAGUAAAUAUGAAGGAGUUUGCUAGACGUCUUUGGGGCGAUAUGUAUUUUAAUAAUAAGACGCGCAAGUUCUCUAAAAAAUCACCUCAUGGGUCUGCUCAACGAAGUUUUGUUGAAUUCAUUUUGGAACCCUUAUAUAAACUAUUUGCCCAGGUUGUGGGUGAUGUUGACUCAACAUUACCGGAUGUGCUAGAGGAACUUGGCAUUCGUCUUUCUCGUGAUGAAAUGAAAAUGAACAUCCGCCCACUCUUGAGAAUGAUAUGUGGCAGAUUUCUGAAAGACUUCAGUGGCUUUGUGGAGAUGUGUGUAGAGCACAUACCGUCUCCUGCUGACAAUGCCAAAACCAAGGUCCAGCAUAUUUACACAGGACCUGUGGAAUCAGAUCUUGGUGAUGAUAUGUGUGCGUGUGAUCCUGAUGGACGCUUGAUGGUUCACAGCACAAAGAUGUACCCUACUGAAGACUGUACGUCAUUUGUCGUACUUGGACGAGUUCUUGGUGGCACUCUCCAUGCUGGACAAGAAGUGCGUGUGUUGGGGGAAAAUUACAGUUUGCAAGAUGAAGAAGACUCCAGAAUUCUCAAUGUAGGGCGUUUGUGGAUUUAUGAAGCCCGGUACAAGAUAGAAGUCAACCGAGUCCCAGCAGGGAACUGGGUGCUCAUCGAAGGAAUUGACCAGCCCAUUGUGAAAACAGCAACCAUAACAGAUAUGUCAACAGCAGAUGACUUAUUUAUUUUCAGACCUUUGAAAUUCAACACACAGUCAGUCAUUAAAAUUGCAGUUGAACCUGUAAACCCAUCAGAAUUACCAAAAAUGUUAGAUGGGCUAAGAAAGGUAAAUAAAUCAUAUCCUUUGCUGUCCACCAGAGUGGAAGAAUCUGGCGAACAUGUUGUCCUUGGUACAGGUGAACUCUAUCUUGACUGUGCAAUGCAUGACUUAAGAAAGAUGUACUCUGAAAUUGAUAUCAAAGUAGCUGACCCGGUUGUUGCGUUUUGUGAAACUGUUGUGGAAACUUCGUCACUGAAAUGUUUUGCUGAAACACCAAACAAAAGGAACAAGCUGACAAUGAUAGCAGAACCUCUUGAAAAAGGCUUAGCUGAAGAUAUUGAAAGUGAAGUUGUUCAUAUUUCCUGGAAUAAAAAGAGAUUGGGAGAAUUCUUUCAAACUAAGUAUGACUGGGAUCUUCUUGCUGCCCGUUCAAUUUGGGCAUUUGGUCCUGACACUACGGGCCCCAACAUUCUUGUGGAUGAUACAUUACCCUCUGAAGUUGACAAAAGUCUCCUCAACUCUGUUAAAGACUCUAUUGUCCAAGGUUUCCAAUGGGGUACUCGGGAAGGUCCUCUUUGUGAAGAGCCAAUCAGAAAUGUCAAGUUUAAGAUUUUAGAUGCAGUAAUUGCUAGUGAGCCUCUGCACCGUGGAGGUGGUCAGGUUAUCCCCACUGCCAGGAGAGUUGCAUAUUCUGCUUUUCUCAUGGCUACACCUCGGCUCAUGGAGCCGUAUCUUUUUGUGGAAGUCCAAGCUCCUGCUGAUUGUGUUUCUGCUGUGUACACAGUGUUGGCCAAAAGAAGAGGCCAUGUCACUCAAGAUGCUCCCGUACCCGGUUCUCCCCUAUACACUAUCAAAGCUUUUAUUCCUGCUAUUGAUUCCUUUGGAUUUGAAACAGAUUUGAGAACGCACACACAGGGUCAGGCAUUUUGUCUAUCUGUUUUCCAUCACUGGCAGAUUGUCCCAGGUGAUCCAUUGGACAAGAGUAUUGUCAUUCGGCCUCUUGAGCCUCAACCUGCUACUCACUUAGCACGUGAAUUCAUGAUCAAAACAAGAAGACGCAAGGGAUUAAGUGAAGAUGUUUCUAUUAACAAAUUCUUUGAUGAUCCUAUGUUGCUUGAACUUGCUCGACAAGAUGUUAUGCUUAACUAUCCCUUGUGAAGCUUAGUGUGAUGUGUCCUCAUUCUUUACAACAAAAUGUACAAACUUGCUUAUGAAUUGUAAAUUAUAGUUUUAGCCAAGUACCUAAA